AUGGCCGGAGUCUCCAUUCUGCCUGCCGUGGUCGCCACCGUUGGCAGGCCCGUGGCAUGGGGGAGGAAGGCAGCGGCGAGGGGAUCGCGGAGGACGCCGCCGCCGGUGAAGACGAUCGUGGCGAGGACGAGGGUGAUCGACGGCGCGACCAAGGAGAUGAACGCGAUCGCCUCCCGCGACCUAGAUUUCGCCCCCGGCCGGCGGUACGUCCGCGACGCCUUCUCCGGGGCCCAGCAGCGCCUCGAUCACUUCCUCUUCAAGGUACGAGCAACACUAGUAGCCGGAAAGUGCGGAAGGAAGAUUUGGUAAAUAAAGUAAUCCCGAGCCCCCAUUGGAUCCUACGUUGCAGCCACCAUCCCUCGACUGAAUUCCGUGGUCAUUUUUGUUUCUUCAAUCUGAUGGAGACUUUUUGAUCUUCCGAUCAGUGACAUCGGUAAAAUCUCGCCGGGGAGGUCCUUUUUUUUGGUCUGAUUACGGAGGGGAUUCCUGUGCCCAAGCAGUCGAAAGGAUGCGGCCCGAUCGUAGUUGCUCCCUGUUUAUCUCGCCUUGUAGAUGUUCAUCAAACGACUCUAAGCUGUUUCGAUUGGUCCCUUGCAGAUGGCUCCGACAGGACUCCAGAUGGAAGAGGUGAAAAUAGCUCUCCCUUUUCUAUUUAAAUUCAAAAAUGUGAAAGGAAAGGUUAAUGUCAACGUAGCUUUUCUUUACACUUGCGAGUGUUCGAUUUUGCAGAGAUACGAAAUGAACUCCAAAGGAUUAGAUAUAUUCUGGAAAAGCUGGCUUCCAAGGCCAGGGAUCCCCAUCAAGGGGACCCUCUUCUUCUGCCAUGGCUAUGGUGACACCUGCACUUUCUUUUUCGAAGGUCUGUCCUAGUCUAGAACCCAAACCGAUGUAUCACUAAGGAAUUCAUAAUAAGAAGAAAUAUACAUAGGCAUUCAUUAAAUGAUCCAUGGUAAUUCAUUUUCUUGCGAUUUUUGUUCACAGGGAUUGCCAAGAUGAUUGCUAAUGAAGGUUAUGCAGUUUAUGCUAUGGAUUAUCCUGGCUUUGGCCUUUCUGAUGGGCUGCAUGGAUACAUCCCCAACUUUGACGAACUGGUGGAUCACGUCAUUGAGCAGUAUACACGUAUCAGAGGUGUGAUACCAUCUUAAGUCAGAAACCUAUUUAAGUGUACAUGAUAAAUGCACUAAAUCAAUUAUACAGAUUCCAUCACACAGAAAUUGAAGACGUUCCUGAGUUGUAGACGUCGUGAAAAACCACAAAAAAUGCUUAGAUGACUUUAGAUUGGUGUUAAUUUAUGCUCUGAGCUUAAUCUAGGUGUUAAUUUUAAUGAUGUAUUAUAGCCACAAUUUGAAGGAGGCAUACAAUAUCCAGAGAUUCAGGUCAAACCGGAUGAUACUUCUCACUAAUGUCAUAAGGGUAUGUAAAUAAGGAUAAAACCAUAGGUUAGUUAUUCUGAUAUCUGCAUAUAAACAGCUGUGUAAGUCUUCAUAGGAAGUUAAAGAAGUGCAGGGCUAUCUCAAAAAGAUUAGUUUCUCCAAGUCCUAUAAAUUGUACUUCCUCUCCUUCGUUUAGUCAAGAGCUCAGCAAAGUACCUUGACAAGCCUUUAGCACUCCCUUUGAAUUUUUCCCCUUUUUUUUCUGUUUCCUCCUCGUUGUCUUUGUUCACUUAAAUCUAGGCAUCUACAAAGAAAUCUUACUACUUCAGUGGCCACCAAUGUCAGUGUGCCCAUCAAUAAAUGGCAUGUCUUGUUAGAGAGAAAAUGUUGCUUCCAGUUUCAUGUCUUGAUGUGGAUGGGUGUUCAACAACAUUUAACAUUUACCACACAUCAAUUUUCUGUGUUUGGAAAUAAUUAAGUCUUUUGAAGCUCAUAAGCUAUAAGGUGGCUAUUGGGCUUCAGAUGAAAGAGGGAAGAGGCAGACCCAGGAGCUACUUGCCGAUUUUGCCUAAGCGGGGCAACAUCUCAAAUUAUAGUAUCUUUUUGUGAAUCUAUUUUGGACUGUAAAUUCGAUGCAGAUGACUUGUAGGAGUUACCAUGAAAGAGAUUUUAAGUGUUGGAAAAAGAAGUAUUUAUGCUUGUUAUUAAUCAGCCGUGACACAUUUGUCUCUUCAAAUGGAAUUGUGGUUGACCUUCAUAAAGUCAAAGCCAAAAUGGAUUAGUUUGGGUGAUAGAUCUCUAGUUGAGAACCAAAAACACAGUUCUUGUAGGGUGAUAGAUCUUUUCAUGUUUCUCCCUUUGGUAAAAAGUCCAACUCUCCUAUUGCCAACCCUUUUUUCUCAUUAGUUGCCUUUCUUCUCCUUCGUUUCCUUUGCCAAUGUUACUUCCAUUUAUCUUUCCGUUGCAAUCCUUUCUAACCAAACCGACAUGGAAGCAGAAGUCAGGAGCUACCAUAUGCAAAAUUGGUGCCUGCAGGCUCACUGCCAAUAUAGAGGAGAUACCAGCUUUUUGCCAAAUGUUGAUAUGCUGUCCACUGCCCACUGUCUUAAGAUCUCACAGACACUAAGGGAUGCUUUUGUUUACUGUUAACCUUUCUGCUCUCCUCUCAAUUCAUUGUUUAGCAUCACUAUAGUGGUACCCUAAAUAACAGUCCAUUUUUUUUUAGAACAUAUGAAACCACCAAUGAAUUCGAAAUGAAAUAUUGAUUUUCUUUGCCUUUUUUUGCAUAAUCAUUUUGAGGCCAACACUUCCAACUCAACGAUUUCCAUAACCAAAGAAAAUUGCUAGGGAAAAUCUGCCAAAAAAGGAUAAAAGUUAAGAGUUUCUAGUCUUUUUUUGACAGCAUGCUUUCUAAAUUAAUGUAUUCUAAAAUAAUUGCUAUUCCAUGCAGAAAAUAAAUAAACAUCGUCUUUAUGGUUGACCUGUGCUAGAUGGUAUAUAAGAGGUUAGGUUAUCUAUUGUGUACCUUUGCUACUGAAAUAUCUUAUUAAUUUUUGUACCAGUUAUUAUUCUGUAAAUUUAGAGAUCUCUUAUACACCUUUCCAUUUUGAAAAUUUUCAGCAAUCACUAUGCCAAAUUUCACAGCAGAAGGGGACCACAUGUUGGCUAGAAAAUUAUAAGUAAUGCAUAUAUGAUGUGGAAUCUUGAAAAAGUAUAAGAAACUUUUUCCUUGUGAGGUUUACAUCCCACAGAUCCAGAAAUCGCAUCCUUCUCCACUCGUAUUCUUCAUUAUUAUCUAGUAUUGGAAGUGGUUAACCUAUGUGAUUUAGAUUAACUCCAUAGUAAGGUGUCUCCCAAUUUCAUUUGUCAAAUUGAACUACUUGGACCAAUAGGAUACGUUAUUAUUUAGAUUAAUAAAAGGGAUUGCAGGCAAUGAAUGGCAAUGGUUCUGUGCCACGUAGGCUUGGAACUGAAUCUGUAUUCUUUUUAGGUCUUUGUGAAGACUAGCAAAAUUAUAGAUGGUUCUCAAUCGUUAAUCCAACAACUCCAUAGUCCUAACUUUUUCUAUGCUGUCCUUUUAUCACUGCACCCUUGAUUAUAUCUAGGAAUAGACUGAAUAUUUUUUUGCACAAAAUUAACAAUACUUCGUUCUACUAUUCAGGAAACAACCAUUGCCUGUGCUGUAGCCAUAAACCCAAUAUCUCAUCAUUCUUUUUUCUCUAUAUUUGGCUGGUUCAGAAAGUUGGCUAAAGCUGUGGACUGCGCUUAGAGUCCAUAUAUUAUGUGGAUCAUGCCUUGAAUUUUUGUUUAAGGAUGUAAUGAGACUUGGUAUUUCAUGUUUCAAGCAUUGUAUAGCCUAUUAUGCUUGCAUAAUGGUAAUGAUUAAUAUUCUUUCAACUUGAGUAAUGCAGCUACCCAUGCAUUGCGUGGACUGCCGCACUUUUUAUUGGGUCAGUCAAUGGGAGGAGCUGUUGCAUUAAAGGUUCAUUUGAAACAGACCAAAGAGUGGGAUGGAGUUAUCCUCGUUGCACCGAUGUGUAAGGUAACCUGUUUCAUAGAUCGUGUCCCCCCAACUAAGAUUUAACUUUCCCCUUUUUCAUUAAACAUUGUGAAUGUUAUCGUCGUUUUAUUUAGUCUUCAGUACUUUAAUUUGGUAUGAAUUUACUUAUUUAAGAAAAUUCAGACUAUCUAGCUAGAGAUAUUUUGUAACAUGAUUGAGCCUGGACAAAAAAAUUACUUCAUAUGUUGUUGACAUUUAAGCAGACAUACAUUGACAUUCACUCUCAUAGUUCCAUUUCUUUUCAAGGCUUUCUGUUAUCAUACAUUGCGUCUGAUGUCGGACAAGGAAGUGGUUCUGACUCAGGAUGCAUCUUGAUUGUAUUGUGAAUUAGUGUGCAUGUGUGAAAGCUACAUCGGACGGGUAUGUUUUGUUUUAUUAAGUACUAGGUAAUGGUCAUGAGGGUCUGUCUACCUUGAUGUUGAUGAGACUAGGAAUGUGUGUGUGUGUGUGUGUGCGUGCGUGUGUGUGUGUGUGUGUGUGUGAGAGAGAGAGAGAGAGAGAGAGAGAGAGAGAGAGAGAGAGAGAGAGAGAGAGAGAGAGAGAUGUAUCUGAUCCAAUAUCAGGACAGGAUCCACAAGAAUACUUGUUACCUCCAAAAUUUUGGUGUAAACCGGUUGUUUGACGUGAACCCAAAUUCUGUUCGGUGUAGGAACGGGUGUAGUUUUUCUGUCAGGAUAGAUGUGUCUGACUGUGAGGACAGAAAAGAGAUUUUCAACACAGGGGACUUUUGUUUUGUUUUGUUUUGUUUUGUCUUGCUCUUUCUCUGCCACUGAUCUUUGGUACAAACCACCCCCCCAAACAAAAAGAUGAGAGAAGACCUGGAUUGAGUUAGAGAACAAAGAAGAAGGACGAUAGCAGGAGAGUUCCCCUGGAACCAUGGGUCGCCCCAGAGGCUUUCGAGAGACCUCCUGAUCUCCCAAUGACUAUCCUUUGUCUCUCUCCAAGAGUGUCCGCCCUCCUCCUACAGCCCAGGCCCUAAGUGCCUCGAAUUGCAACCUUGCCCCUCCCAUUUUACAGAGGACGCCAUCCUUGAGGUGAUCUUUUCCUCCUAAAAUAGAUGGCUGCGGGGCAUAUCAAUACUCCUCCCUGAGGUGGAAGUCAGUAUAUUGGUGUUGACUCGCCCCUGUUGACUCCCAAGUGGUUUCAAAUGCGGAAGAUCUCUAUUAUAUCCAUGCUUCCUGCCUUCGAGCCACAUGGUGUAGGCCCACUACAUAGUGUGGCUGGACUGACCGUUAAGUUGAGAUCCUUGCUGAUAGGUGAGUCCUCUGGCUACACUAACAGUAAAUCGAAGGCUCCUCUUCAAAUCCAGCAUCUCACAAGGCUUCCUCAAAAGGCUUACUCUCAUAGACCCAGAAAUAUAUUCGAUAGGGCUUGUUUCAAUGUAGUCGUUUUCAUUGGAACAUAUACACUCUACAGGGCUACAAAGCCUCUAGGAGUCUGUCAAGUCUUGCGAAUGUCAUCAUCCGCUUCUCCCUCAAUGACCUCUGAUUCUUCUAUCCUCUCAGACCAAUGCCUUUCCUGCACCAGCAGAGGACGGUAUUCUCCAGAGUACCUACCUUCCAGAUGAAUUCCUUGUACCUCUUUCUGACCUGGUGGCCUCGUAUGUGACCCUAUAGUUUGAUCACAUGCUGGCACAAGGUCAAAUAGUUGUUGCGUCCUCUCCAACCACAAUGCUUCUUCUGAAUACAAAGAGCGGCAGUGUGAAGCUUUUGAUCACGAUGCCCACAGAGAACGUCUGAUACUGCAAAAAGAUCAUGAAUUUCUACUUAUCCUUUAACAGUCUUGUAAAAACCAAUCCAUACCAUCAAAUGUAUCAUUACUACCUACCAAUAGUAACGCAAUAAUUUUCCGAAUGGAUCAUGUGUAUCUACUUCCCUUCUAAGGUCAACCUUUGGCAGAUCCUUUCCUUCCUUUUGAUUGUGGUUAGCAUCACAUCCAUGUAGGAGAAUCCGUCCAAAUUUAAUAAGUAAAGUCCAUUCCUCAGUGCCCUUCGCUGGAAAAACUUCUCUUACCGUAACAGAUGUUUCAGGCUUCACACGAUAUUCAAAUUCUCUUACUUCACUGCAAGAUUCCUGAUUGCCAGCCAUCAUCCAACCUUGGACAUGUUGAGGAGCAUGACAACAUAUCGCACCUUUCUGAAUGAUUUCCACUGGAACUUUAAUGUCUCCAAACAUUACUUUCAAGUCAUAUCCCAGAUAAUUUCAAGAGAAAUGACCAGUAAUAACAACCUUUGUACUUUCAGAGGAAUAUGCCUACUCAGGAGAAAUUUCAAGAAUACAAAAAAGGUGUCGUUGUGAAAAAUUUGGGCAUGAAUCCGUUUCAAUAGAUGACAUUAAUUGACUCUGGCCAAAUAACAUUUCUGAGGAGUUAGAAAAAUAUUGUACUGUUGCCAGCAAGAAAAUUCAUGUUAAUCAUCCCAUCAAUUGUAGUUUCCUCCUUCACCACCAUGGAAUUGCCAACAAAAUUCUUACUUUCAGCUUCAUACAUGAUUUUAUCUUCAACUCCCUGAGUAUGUUUGGUGGAUGUUGAUGAUUCAAUGGGACCACCAGGACCCAAGAGAAUUUUUCUAGUUGCUGAAAGAUGCAACAACAAAUUUCUCUCUGGAUUUUGACUAUUAUUUCCUCCAUAAUCUUCCUGAAACAUUACUUCCGACAUUGUACAUAAACUACUCAUUUUUGUAGAAUACAAAUGUAUCUCCAUUUGUCUCAUUUCUUUGGGAGGAAAACAAUUUCAAUUACACCCAUUCUUUCAGAAGAAGCCCAAGCAUCUUUUGAGAAAAAUGUUUCGGACGUCUUCUCUUGUGUGCGAAACCUAGUUGAGCUAGAUGCGGUCAGCUCCAGCAUUUCUCUCAGAAGUGAGAUGAUUCCUUCCAGCUAUAUGCUCGGAGUUUAACAGUUGAAAUAUCAGUUGCCGAUCCUUGCUGGUCCUCUGGAGCAACAUCAAGCUAUCAGAGUCAUCAUCUUGUCCCAUGUAUUCAGAUCUGCAGCUUUAUUUCUGUGCAUAGCUAGCGUAGCCUCUGCUCUAAAAUUAAUAUGCUUCUCAGCCUGCAAAUUAUUCUGUCUGGAGUUGUGUGAAAUAUUUUCUUUAAUGGAGUCGUAAUCAUUAUCCAAGGAAAAUAACAUCCAUCCAGCUCGCCAUUAGCAGUUCUUAUAGAAGAUGCACGACUCCCUACUUCUGUAGAUACUGGACUGCAAGAAACGUUUGUGGUUCCUUCGAUGUGGUCAUUGCCCAGUGCAUUGAGGGUGAAAGGAGAACCUGUUGACAAAUCUGAUAUUUUCCAUGCGUAUAGCUUCCCUCUUUGUACAGAGAAAGGUGGUCUCCCCAUAUGCCGUCUUGAAUUAUCCAUAUCACUAGCACGUGCUCAAAAGGUUCCUGCAUGUUAUGUAACGAGUUCUUUUCCGCAUCAUAAACUCCUGCUGUUGAAAUAUUCUCCUGUUAGCACACCAUAUUCUUGCAUCUUCUGAAAUUUCAUUCAAAAUGUUGAAGGUUUCAUGAAGGGUUGAACGAUGAUCAUGCAAAUCACCAUAGCUAAGUCCAUAUUUUCCUGAAAAAAAUUUGAACCAUUUUUAAAUGUGGCCCUUGAAAUUGGUUUCAAUUUUAGGCCAACAGCACCAUCAAUAGUCUUCGGUUCGUUUACAGAUAACAGAGGAAGUCCCUUCCCUUACAGAAUUUUAGGCCAGUUGGUUCCAUCCUCGUUGAAAAUUCCAGGUGGUUACCUUGCAUUGCUCCAUUCUUUCCUAUGUUUGGUAAAAUUCUUUUUCUUCUCGCACCUGUCCUUGCUUUCUUGCAUUUGAGACGUCAUUUUCUGUGGAUUUAAUCCCUCUGGCGUCCAGCUUGUGACCCCAUUUCUCCAUUGAUGUUUGAUGUUCCUCCAUCUUGUCCAAAUGCUGUAAGAUCCUAUCUAGCAUGCUGGCAAUAUCUUCCCUCAUCUUCUUCAAGUCGUUCUUCACACCUUCAAUGUUUGCCUCUAGGUUGUCAAGGUGGUUGUGGGGCCAGUGGUUACAAGAAUCUGGUCUGAUACCAAAUGAUGCCCCCCCCCCACACACACACAGAGAACUGACACAGAAGAUCAGAAAAGACUUGGAUUCAAAAUUAGAGAACGAACAAGAAGGAAAAGAUAAUAAGAAGGGUUCCGCAAGAACCCUAGGUCGCCAUGGAGGCUUUCAAGAGGCCUCCCCUUCUUCCAGUGACUAUCCUCCGUCUCCCUCCAAAAGUGUCCCCCUCCUCUGCAGGCCGAUCUCCAGUACUUGUCCUAAAUGCCUCAAAUUACAAUCUUACCCCUCCUCCUUUAGACAGGAAGUCCUCCUUGAGGAGGUAUUUUUUCCUCUAAAAUGGAUGACUGCUGUGUCGUAUUAAUGUUCUUCCUACUCUCCAUCUUGAUGAAGGCUCAGUAACAUUCUGCACGUUCUUUAUUUGUAGCUUUUUGUUCCCCAUCACAGAUCAUCUUUGAUCCUACACAAUCUUGCCUUGGCAAAGGGAUGACUUCAACAGCAUCAGGCUUGUCAGAGGAAAAGUUACCAUCGUUGGCCAUAGAAAAAAUUCAAGAAACACGAUACAAAAUCAUCCUCACAUAGUUGUAUCUAAAUAAGGCCUUCUCAGUUGUCCGUUAUUCAAUUUAGGAUCCACUAACUCUGUCAUCAAGAAAGGAUUUUAUAUUGAUCCCAAAAGUAAAGACAAAAGUAUCGACUGUCUUUUGCAUGAUUCUUUUUCAGGCAUUACUCUAAUCAAAACUUAGAGCUCCUCAUAUUUACUGCUCUUCCUCUCCAAACCGGACUCCUUCUGGGAAGGAACUAUUCAAUUUUGCUUGUUGUUUGAAGCAUAAAGUUUGAAAUCGUCAUAUAAUUUUUCUGUUCAAACACCCAUAUCAGUAGCAAACGUUCUUCUACAUAACUGCCAUAUAUGUGUAAAUCAGUAUAUAUCAUCAUUACUGUGAUAACCUCAAGAAAGUCAAGUAUUAAUAAUGUCGAAUAUAAACUAGGAGUAUUGUGGCAUUGAUAUCCGUAUCUCAGUACUCUUCGCCUGUAGCUCAUGAAAUCAUUGAUUCCGUAUGAGUCAAGCUAGAGAUGUGUGAAUGUUACUCCACCUGAUUCGCAAUGUCUUUCCUACGUCUACAUGUCUUAUCUGGUUUUGGGUCAGACAUAAUGUUUGGUUUUCUGCAACUUAGAUGCAUCUGGUUUCCAUUCCAAGGUUGUUGGGUGGUAUGAACCAUGAUAUUUGCUUUAUUAAAAAAUACAACCGAUCCAUAAAUCACUACAGUCAUUCCACUGACAGCUACAAUAGCACAAGAUGAAACUGAUAUCUGUAUACCUAUAAAUCCACAUAUUUAUAUAUAUAUAUAUAUAUAUAUUCGUUUCCACCAUCAUACUCGGAUAUGUAUCGUACUGAAGGCUGAUGAGGCAUCAUCAAUUACAUUUAUUAUAAAAGAUCCUACAUUAAAUGAAAUUUCAUAUAUUCUCUUUGAUAUCUAAUGUUUUUUAAUUUUUCUACAACUACUGAAUUUAAUACUUUUUAAUUCGUUCUAAUAAUUCAACGUUAUAAAAAAAAUUGUCAAUAGGUAAAACUUGUGCUAAUGUUGUGUCGAGGUGUAGUAUACAUAUUGGGUUAUUGUUCUCAUAGUAUUCUGCUCUUUCUUACUCUUUCCUGUGUGCAUAUAACAAUGAAAAACGUGAGAUAAGGUCAACGGAAUUCACAGAAUUUAGAUGCUUUAUAUCAUAGAUCCGGGACAUACGUGAAAGGAAAAUUGCCUAUUGAUGGACAUCAUAUGGGAAAGGCAUUGCUGUUCAUGGACUCAGAUUGUAACACCCAGAAACAUGUACAUAAAUGUAGGUAACCAUCCACUAUAUAGCAUUUUCAGUAAAGUUUCAUUCACAUGAAUGUGGGGAAUCGUCUGGUAGACUUUAUACAGCUUAAUUUUGUUGCCUUUACAUGAAUAUGCAUGGGCACAUGUUAGGAUAGUCUGGCCUCGAGGUAGAGCAAAAUUUGGCCUUCUACAUAUUUGGGAUGGUUUCCUCUUUCAAUAGACCACUCACAUAUGUAGCUUGAAGCUUCUCCUUCUGAGAUGCCAUCUAAAAGCAAUAUCUCAGACAUAAUCUCAAACUUUAGGUAAAGUUCCACCGUUUGUUAAUUGUGUGUCAGGCUUCAAUAACAAGAACCAAUCCCAAAUGAUAUUUGUAGUUUGCUUGAUUUCGUAGAAGAACCAGAAUUCACAUGCCUGCUUUGGGUAAAUAUUUAAGUGACAGAAUUCUGUAAUUUAAAUCGUUGAUAAACGUUAAAGAAUCAUGAUAUCUCUGGAAUUAAAAUUGACGCAAACCAAAAAAGAAUAAAGAGUAGGGGAAAUUUUCUAUCGUAUCAAUUCAUAGAAAAAUUGCUGGUUACAUACAAUUACCUUGGCUUCAGAAAAGGAAAACUACCGAGGUUGAAUCCCACGAUUUAUUGGGUACUGAACCAAAUUAGGGAACUCACCGACAAACUAACCCUUAAUUAUACGUUUUCUCCCACAGAAAUGCCGGACUUUAUUUUCGCGCAAUAGGAGCUCAGUAUCUUUUCUGCUUCUGAAACAGUCCUAAAUAUGGCCUGCCUAAUCCUCAUUGACAUAGACUUAAUUUCCUUUAAGUAUGCAUUUUUUGGCAAACUGGCAUUUCCAAUGGUGCUCCGAUUAUUUAAUAUUUCAAAUUGUUUGAGUCCUAGUUCAAAUUGAUUUUCUUGCUAAUUAAAAGUAGUAAUUGGUUUUACUGAAUUUACUAGAUUUCACAAGAUGUAACUCCUUCCCCGCCAAUUUUGAAGACCUUGACCAUCCUCUCCUAUUUUCUACCACAAGCAAAGUUGUUCCCUUCUCAGGACAUUGGGGAGCUCGCAUUCAGGGACCCUGAGAAAAGAAAAAUGGUAUGGAUUCGCUAUGAUCCCGGUUCAUGCAAAUAAUUGAAGUAUUUGACAUUUUUUCACAGAAACUUAUUUACAAGAUGCAGUAAAACUGGGCAUAUUUACCCGAGCAUGAAUUCUCCCUGGAAACAUAUUUGGUGAAAUUGUUGAUUAGGUUUCAAAUUUCUUAUCUUUGCGAUGAUUUUUUUUUUUUCAAAUUUUGUAUUCGCUUUGAAAUAUGGGUAGACUAGUGAAUGGUCAUGAUUUUGAAAAGGCUUUAUCUCACCUCUUAGAGCGAAUUGUUUUGCGAUCUAAAUGGUUUCUUGUCUUGAACUUAAUAUUUUUUGACCUGAUAAUGAAAGGCUACACGACAAUUUCAAUGAAUAUUUUUGUUAGCAUUAAAUGACGAAUUAAUAGUCGCAUAAAUUUAUUUGUUCUCUCUUGAAUUGGGAAAUCAUUUUAAACUGAUCAUACUUCGUGCAUUCCCGCUAUCCUUGCUACUACUAGGUCUAUUCUUUUAGCUAAAGUUUAAUAUUAAAGCAAUACAAAUUCUUAGGAUCACCAUGGUUUAUGAGACUGGCCUAUUUAGAUUGGCUUUUUUCCUUUGUGGUGAAAUCGUUGAAAUUAUUUCUUGUUUACUUAUGUAGGCUGACUACAACGUGAUUUCCUAUUCUGACAAAAUGCGUUUGAAGACUGCAAUCGAGCUCUUGAAGGCCACUAAAGAUGUUGAAUCACAAGUUGAAAAGGUUGCAAAACGUCGCUAGUUUUUUUUACUUCUGUGGUUUGUAUUUAAAUAUUGCUGCAUCAUAGAGUAAAUCGCUAGAAAUCAGUUUCCUGCCAUGUUUUUCUAUACAGUUAGUAAUGCAUAAUACACCAUGAUUCCAGUUCCUUCGUCCUAUUAUUCCCUCUCUAAUCUGCGUUUCCUUAAUUAUUGAAUAGAUUACCAGACUAUGCAAGAAAUUCCACCAAACACAUGGUUUCCUCUAAUUAGAAAUGUAAAAUUAAGCUCCUCGAUUCUUUAAUGAAACCAAAUAUAACUCGUUAUCGCUAUCACAAAGCUAUGAUUUUCAUCUACAGUUUGUUUCAAAUUGCAUCGGCUGUCUUUUCCCCUAAUGUCUACCUUUUCCAUGCAUGAAGUAUUUUUUUUGUGUGCUACCAGAGCUAUGACUCUUCCAAGCUCCGAAGAUGCUCUUUAGUCUUCCUCUAUCAUAUUUUUUUUACCCAUGUGAAUGCGGCAACCGAUCAGAGCAUUUCUUUCUCGAGCACUAAUUUUAUGGCCGCAACCCAUCUCUCCUAUUAAUAGUAUCUACCACUUAUAUAAUCUCCUCUCCUGAUUUUAUUCACCCUCGAUUUUGGUUAUGUAUUUCAUGAGCCUACUUCUGCCAAAUCAGUCCACAUUUACGGUGCUUUCCGACUUUCUUCCCUGGUGUGUACUAAAACGCAUAGUUGAACUGUUUAGAAUAUCAAUUUCACUAGAAUAUGGUAUAGUUUAAGACACAGAUCCUCAGAGAUUAUAUUACUUGGGAACUAUAAAGUUCAAAUUAUUUUACUCUGGGUUUCUUCCCAUGAAGGCCUCACACUUUAUGUAUUCGAUUCAUUUUCUCUUUGCCAUUACUGAUGAUGCCCGGGCUCAAGAACAUAGCUGAAAUCUCUGCACUAGCUAGUUCUAUUUUUUAUGAAACCUUACUACCCCACAAGGAUUUACAGUAGUAGUAUAUUUUCAUUGAUGGCUGCUUACACAGCUAUAUCUCUAAUUUAUCUUUUCUCAAAGAUACAUCUGAUCAUCCUCACAGGUGUCUUCCCCUCUCUUGGUCCUCCAUGGGGCUGCUGACAAGGUCACAGACCCCCUGGUCAGCAAGUUCCUCUAUGACACCGCAUGCAGCCAAGACAAAACGAUGAAGAUCUAUGAGGAUGGGUACCAUUCUAUUUUGGAGGGGGAGCCCGACGACAGAAUUUCUACGGUGAUCUCUGACAUUAUCUCAUGGUUGGAUUCCCACUGUGCCCUUGUGUAG